AUGUUACUAUACACGAAUAACAUCCUCAGUUCCCAAUUUCCAAAUCUCAUUUUUAAUAUGUGUCUUCCUUCGUCCGGACAAGUAAAGCUGCCGGCAGCAUUUGUCAAGAAGAUACUAUCGUCGCGUCGCAGUAAUGGUUCUUUGAAAAGAUCUCAACCAGACAGGUCUGGCGAUGUGUCAGUGAUUGGGACCGAAGAACCAUCCUUGCAAACACGCACCAAGAGACAGAAGCAGGCACCCCCUUUGCAUGAAGAGCUUGACACAUUUCCCUCUUCCGAUUCUGCUAGUCCCGCCCUUCUUCUUGAUCUCCCAAACGAACUUCUGCAACUCAUUCUUUGCAACCUUACCGAUUCCGACUUAUUGAGCCCGGCGCUCUUAUUCAACCGCAGACUUAGAGCCAAUGCCGCACAUACGUACCUUGCCCGCACCGGUAUCAUUGAACAUCACAAUGGGUACAUCUACAUCAGGGACGUUGUUGGACGUACGGCCAUCGUCCUCCUUUCCACCACCCCCCUGUUCGACAAAAUCUCACUAACUUGCGACCUCUUCUACGUUGUCGAGUACGGGAGGCACCUGCGGAAGCUGAUUGCGGCAACACCUCGAGUCCGGUCCGUUUGUAUCGAAUUUGAUGAGAGAGAAAUGGAGUUGUUGCAUGACACGAGAAUUUUGGAACCUCUCAUCGCAUUCCUGGCGUCCUUGAGGGACACAUGCUUCAGUCUCCAGCUUCAGAGAUCAAGGUCAUACUUCACCCCUCCAACUCGUUCCCUCACUAUCCCACUUCAUCGUCCUACGCGGCCUGUCCGUCAGCUCCCCACUUGGGGUUUGCUGAAAGGUAUCAGUUCAUUGGCAGUUUCUGCAGAUUUGACCAGAAUUCCAAGUUUGCUUGAACUCUGUCGAUCCAUCUUCGUCAUCGCAAGUUCUCACAUUGAGGAUUUUCAGCUUGAGGAUUGCUCUUUGCAGCAGGACUGCGAUAGUAUCCUAUCCCUCAUUAACUUUCCCAAGCUUCGAACCUUCUCCAUUCGGUCUUUAAGCCACGUUACAAUCUCGAUCAAAGUUGCUUUUUUCAAGCAACAUUCCUUGGUCAAGACGGUCUUUCUUUUCAGUAACCCUCUCAACGGACUCACACCCACCGCCCCAAAAUCUGCCCUUUCCCUACCUCCUCUCACUCAUCUAUUCUUGAGUGCCAAUUAUCGGCUCUUGAAGGAGGUCUUAUCAGUGCCCCCCCUAUUCCUGCAGGAAUCCGGUCAUUCCGGUGGAUUCCAGUGGAAUGGAAUUUAG